UGGUUAAUAACAUAACAUAUAAUUGUUCAAUGUUAAUAAUAAGGUGGUAUAUAACUACACUGUGACCAACUUGAGUGGUGUUACAGUGAUGCCUGUUGAGUGAUGCCCGCGUGACUUGAUAAUUUAUUGAUAUCAUAAUCAUAAAACAUUCGUGUUGAGGAGUGAGCUUAUGAUUUUUCAUAUUUUCAAUUUUGUCCGUUAAAAUAAUACAAUAUACUAUAUAGCGAAUAUUGUGAUACCGCACUAACGACAGAACUUAUUCAUAUUAUUCAGUUCCGACUUUCCGAGGUAUAUUGAGUAUUGACUAUUGGAUUUUCUGUCGAUUUUGUUCUAUUUUAGUAGACUGCGUCUAUUAUUUGGUUGAAUAAAACUUAUUAAAGUUAAAACCCACAAAUUUAUUUUUAUCGCUUCGAUGCUCCAUAGUCCAUAGUCCAUAUUCCAUACUUCAUUUUCAUUCGUGGUUUAUUUUUAUUCCGUCUUUCGUUUUCUUCGACCACUUCAAACUUUUAACUAUUUAGGUACUUGAAACACGUUGCCACACAGCACACAAUAGUUAAUAAACUAUUCAUAUUUUAUUUAAUUCUGCGGUUAUAUAGCUAGUAUAAACUUACAACAUGUCUUCAAAUACUUAUCGUGUUCGUAAAUUGGCUUCCAUAAACAACGAAAACCCUAUAAAAAAUAUAAAGAAUACUUUAGUUACAAAUCGCAAAAAAACUGCUUUGAAAGUGUUGACAAACACAGUACAGUCGACCAAAAAGUCUGAUAGUAAAGGUCUUAAACAAUUAAAGGUACUGCCCAUGAAACAUUUUGAAACAGAAAUAAAAUGUAAAUCGCCAUUACAAGACUUCACCAGCGAUCCAAAUGAAGAGUUUAAUCAUUUUGAUUGUAGAACACAGGAAAAUGAUGUCUUGCCUCCAAGUAUGACUUGUAACAUUGGAAUGCUGAGUGAAUUUUUUGGUGGCAAUAAUAAUGACACAAGUGAUUGGUUUCUUGAAGACUAUCAUAAAAUAAUGAUCCAUAAAAUCAAAAAUCAAUUUGAUAAUUUUGGAGAACCGGAGAUUGACUACUCCUUUCCCUCAUUGCCAGUUAUGGAUUUUCCAGAAAUAAUAUUUGCUUAAGUAAUUUAAGAACGUGGGUUAUUAUUUAUUAUUUUGUGUAUAUUUAUUUAAAUUUAAUGGUUUUGUCCACAUCAUCUAUCAAUAUGAUUAAUACAAGUUUUAAUUUUUAUAUUCGUUAAAUGAAUAUGUAGCGAUGUAAAUGACAAAGGAUUAUUUUCCUAUACUAAUAUUUUUAAAGACUGCUUCUAUAGAAAAUAUAGUUAUCAAAAUAUUAAAACCAUUAAUCUGAAAUAAAAAUAAAUAUUGAUUAACAUACUUUGCAAUUAUUGAACAAUGAGUACUAUACUAUUAUGUUGUGUUGAUUGUCAAUUUGUAUUAUUUUAGUAUUAGGUAUGGUGACAAUAGAACAUUUAUUCGACAGUAUUUUAGUAUUGAUGUAAAAUUUCUUUGAACAUAUUCUUAAUUAUAUCAUUUGACAAUAUUUAUUAUACUUGAGUCUUGUAUGUGUUAGUAUUAACUAUUUAGUAAAACUGAUCAAGAAAUUAUGUCUUAACCAAACAAAUUGCUUAUAAAUAUAAAUAUAUUAAAACGAUUAAAAUUCAGAUAUAUAUUGCGAUUUAACUCCUCAGUUAUAACCCCCAUUUUUUAUGAAGUUUACUUGUUGAUCGAUAGGGUUGUAUCUAUUAUCUAUUAAUCUAACCAUCCUCUCCAGGACUUAGUUUGGUUAUAAUUUAAUUAUUUACUAUAAAUUAUUCAUUAUAAAUAACAUUCUUAUGAGUUUUACUAUGUAGAAAACGAACCAUUCUGUACUUCAAGUGUAUAUAUUAAAUGAUAAUUGUAAUGGACUCCUAUUAAAAAAUGAUUAAACCCUGC